AUGCUUGGUUCUACAGCCCGAUGUAAGGGCCUUCGGCCUUGGCAUCGACUUUCCCAGCCGCGGUUCGUUUCUUGCGACCUCAAGGCGCAGCGUGCAGCCCUGCUCCGUAAAAUCUAUGCCCCAUUCUCCCGUCUUGAAAGGGAUCCUCCAGAAUACACACGACUUGCCGAGUCCCGGGCGGCCAAUCUUGCCGCAAUUGACGAACUCCGAGAUAUUUUGAAACCUCACUUGGGUCAGGUCGCCAAGGCAUUAGUCACCGAAUAUGCUCUCCAGUCCGUGUUCAUCGAAAACAACCCUCUCAGGCUUCAGGACGCGCGCGCUGCCUUUGCUGCCCUGUCCCACAAGAUCUUCAACCGCGUCAACCUCGCAUCCCUUGAUGCCGCCGACCUGAUCCAUCUCGACCUCCCCACUGUUGACAAGGGAGUCACGCUUGACAGCUCCGCCAUGGCUGAGCUGAAGAACCACAUUGUCGCGUCUCAAUGGAUCGCAGAGAAUGCCGGGCUUCAUCCCAACACUCCUAGCAUCGAUGAAAAGCAGAUGACAGAAUUGGCCGCUUUGACGGUCAAGGGCACUGCAUCGGAGGCCGUCUACAUCGGAUCAUGGGGCGGACGUGUUCCUCUUGGAGGAUACCGAAGAGCACCCAUUUCCGUCAGCAGCAACCCGCUGGUCAUAUUCCCAUAUCAUCUCGAAGUCCCCGCCUGCGUCAAGCGCUUUUUCGACUGGCGCGACAUGAUGCAUGCUGACAACAAAGUGCAUCCUCUCAUUCUAGCAUGCCAUGUGAUGGUAUACUUUGCACAGAUUCAUCCCUUCCCAGACGGAAAUGGUCGAGUGAGUCGAAUACUGAUGCAUGACUACAUGGUGCGUCAGGGGUACUUGCUGGUGAUGAUGCAGAACCCAGAGCGCAUGGCAUUUAUCCGGUCGAUCAACAAUGCUGCCAAUGGCGACCCUGCAGAGCUAGUGCACACUGUGCUUACCAGCCAGUAUGAUAGCUUACAAUUAUGUUGA